AUGGGCUUUCACAGUGGUUUCAGCACAAUCAGGAAACUAAUACCUGCUCAAGUCCCUGAAACGGUUGACAGGAGUGUGCUGAUAGUAGUACGUGUGGGUUGGAAACCCGAAAGAUUGUACCGGCGACAGCAAAACCAAAAACGUCGUCGUCUCGCCUCCCUCUAUCCAUGUUCAGCUUCUCAAAUAUCUCAAAUCGGAGAGCGUGGAACACCUCGAACCCUUCUACACGCAGAUUGUCUUCACUCUUCUCGCCGACGGAAUCCAUUUAGGUGGCCCUCACUUGUCAUUCAUGGGUGGGAUCUGCCAGAUUGGGGUCACACUCUCAAGCCCGCUAUUCGAAAUACUGUCAAGGCUCUCUCGCCUAGACUGCUCUUCGCACACUGCGCCUGUUUCAUAGGAUUAUGGAGUGAAAUAUUCGAUGCAAAACUAACAACAGAUGCCGACUUCCACCUCUCAAAUGGCACUGUCGUUCGAGCCCCAUUCAUGACCAGUUGCUACAAGCAACGCGUUGGCACCUUCGACGGCUUCAAGGUUCUGAAGCUACCUUACAUUGCAGGCAUCGACAAGCGCAGAUUCGCCAUGUACAUCUAUCUUCCAGAUGCCAGAGACGGGGUGCCAUCUUUGAUCGAGAGAAUCACCUCCGAGCUUGGGUUUGUAGAUGGCCAUCUCCCUCACGAGGAGGCGGUGACUCUUGACGAAUUUCGCAUACCCAAGUUUAAGAUGGGUUUUGAGUUGGAGAUUUCAUCGAUCGCGACAGAGCUGGGAGUGGUGGAUCUUUCAGAGAGUGGUAUGGCUGAGAUUCAUGGCAAACCGGUGGUUUGUGAGAUACUGCAUAGGUCGAUGGUGGUGGUGAAUGAGAUGAGCACCUAUACAGCGAGAGUGGAAUUGCCGGUGGUGGACUUCGGUGAAGCCUGUCCGAUGAUGGGUGAGAAGUCGGGGCUGAGAUUCGUGGCGGACCAUCCUUUCGUGUUUACCAUUAGAGAGGAUACGAGUGGGGUAGUCCUCUUUGUCGGUCAACUGCUCGAUCCGCUUGCCCAAGCACCAUCUGGAUUCAUCGCAUACCCAAUUACUACUCCUCCGAUUCACUGAGUUUUAAUACCUUUUGUACUAGAAUUAGUAUGAAUGUCCAUUCUGUAUUAGGCAAACAAUGCUUGGUAGGUUUCUUAACCGAGAUCAUGCACUACGAAGGCGUUACAUUUUGUAGGAAAAAUGACUUCUUUGA